AUGACAGGACCAGUUCUAUACGAGACUAGUCAUCACCAUACAACAAUGCAUUCUGCCCAUUCUCACGGUCAAGAAUUAAUGACAGACUGGACACCGACACUGAGCAGUUUUGGCAGUGGUUUGAGAAGAGAAAAGGAGAGUUUAUCCAAUGAAAACAGACCUGUCGCUUCCCCUACGUACUCUCAUUUAUCCGUAGCAGAAUCGCAAUCCCAUUCUCCUGCCGGUACUUCUUCACCCUAUACUCAUGGUCAAACGUUAAUUCUAAAUGGACCGGCGCCAUCAUAUCAUUCUCAAUAUCCUACCCUUUCCGGAUCUCAUCUUCAACCCAUGUCUGUCCAACCAACGUCUCGCCUCUCACCUUUGGGUCAAUCAUCCAUAUAUUAUCCCACAUCUCAAGGUGAAGCGGAGUAUGAGAUAAUGCAUACACCCUCAGCAGGUCGAAUCUCUCCCGACUCAUAUCAAGAUCCAUUUAAUACUUCUUCCCAACAACCCGCCGGUUAUGACGGCGCAACACCUCUUCUUACCACAACCACACUGACGAGAUCAUACGACUCAACCAUACCAUCAUACUAUCAAACAGCAACAGAUGGAAGGAGAGCAUGGAGUCAAUCAACUCCUGAUAAACCAGUACCUGCAACGAAGAGGAAGAGAGAAAGACAGGCUACCAAAGAAACUCCACCUUCUGGCAAAGCAUUGAAGACACCCAAACGAGGAAAACAACAGCAACAACAUGAUGAGUCAAGUGGUGGUCGAGCUUCCAAGCGAUCCAGAGUUGACAGUGCUCAAGCAACGACAACUCUUCAACUCCCUACUCCUCCGUCAACUGGAAAAGAGAUUUCAGCUAACAAUCUCCCCCCUCAUCUUCGCCUGCCAGUGCCUUAUGAGGAAACCAUGACGCCCAUCGAUGAAUCACCUGAGUUAAUAGACCUUGCUCGGAGAGGGCUAGUGAUCACACGUCAUCAGGAGGAAGGUAGGAAACUUGGCCUAUUAGGUAUAAGUCAAGGUGAACCCGAACCAUCUAAUACACCUGAAGUAAACCACCUCUCGCCUCGAACAACCACCAUGCCAGCUCUUAUGACCAACGAAUCAGGCUUAGCGUCUCUCGCUACAAACGAAGUGCUCGAAAGCGAAGUCGCCUGGUUUGAGAACAGAUCAAAAGGUGCACAAUCACCGCCUUCAUCCCCUGAUCUGGUCAUUCUACGUACACCGACAAUGAGUCAUGAUCCCAUCCCGCCCGAUGACGAUGAUGACUCGCCUGAAAUUCAAGCGCAGAAGAUAAGUCGCAGACUUCAAGCAUUUUUCGAUCACACAAUCAAGGAUGACCAACCUUUGAUAUCCACCCGAAUCGAUACUUUUGGUCGAGUUGCUGUACGCAAAGAUACUGCUAUCAAGUUUCUCGGUCUGGAUAGGUCCGCUCAAUUGGUAGAAGAGACAAAAGCUGAAGACGAUGGGGAUUGGACUGAGAGAUCGAUAGCCAGUAGCUCAAAGAUAAUCAUGAAACCUUUGUGGCCGGAUGAAGAAGCACCUUGGGCUUUGGCAGGUGGAAGUAGGAAGGAAAGGUUGAGAAGGGAAGAGUCGGAGAAAGCGACAUUGCUAAGAAGAUACCUUGAAACUGCCAGUGAAGAUAGUUCCUCUGAUGAAGAGGGAUUGAUGACGAUGUACACCACUCAUGGAAAAGGCAAGGGCAAGAGUGUAUCUCGGCUUGUGUCCUCGGCUUCAAGUUCUGCUGGAUCUUCUGAUCGAACAUCAAAACGUCGAAACAAUCGAGACGUCUCACCAGAUGAUAUCGAUGCCAAUGCCAGAUCAGCUUUGUUGGUCAGUCUGCGAAACCGAUCAGUACCGAUGCUACCCGCAGGAGUGGUAGCUUGUGUAUGUGGCACGAGUUCGAUCAACGGCAUGGGAUCGAUGAUCUCCUGUGCCGCCUGCAAGACAUGGCAUCAUAUCAUAUGCUGCGGAAUCGAAGAUGAGUCGAAGAUUGGACCAAAUUGGUGGUGUCCCAGUUGUCACAAUUCCUCAAGAUCCAUCAUACACACACCAGCUGGAUCGCAUUCUACGCCUCGAGGUAGAUACCCUCAGCUGUCCGACCCAAGAUCAUCAGCUGUUAAGAGCGAUAUUGGACAUAUAGCUUUAGCACCUUCACCUAUGUUUGCCUCUUCCGCAACUCUCAGUGCAGGAAUGUCCACCCGAACACCUCAGAAUCGAGUUGUCAGCUCGCCCAAACGGCCCGAAAGAGCAAGAAUGUUAUCCUAUGGAAGUACGGACAUGUGGGCUUUCACAGAAGAUGGUGGACCACCUUCAACGCCUGCCCCAGUCGUUGGUGAUAAAUAUUCAACACCAAGAAUCGAUGAUGCACCAUUCGAUGUGACUUCAACACCAUCAAGACAUUUGGAUUUCAAUUUCGGCCAACCUUCUUUGUUCUCUUUAACGCCAUUAGGAGGUGGUGGUAGACCAAGGAUACCUUCUAACAUGUUGAUGGACAACACGCCUAUCAGGGGGAUGGCCAGAAAUAUAUCGUUUUCAGGUGGUCCCAAUAUCGGUGGUUCAUUGGAACCUUUAUCAAUGUCAGUUCCAUCAAAGGCGGAUUUCUUCAGAGAAUUGAAUAAAUCAGCUUCAACGCCGGGAACGGGUCCAGGUGGAUUCGUGAGGGAUGAGAAUGUGCCACCCGUUUCACCAAGAUGGCCAGUGGGAUUACUAGGCGCUCAUAACUUAUCACCAUCACCUUUUGGACAAAAGAGGAAUCUGAGUGGAAACAAAUUGAGUAGUAUUAGAAAUAGUUCGAGAACCGGUGUGCCUAUGGGUGCUGGGUUGACGGAGGAGAAAGAAGAGGAGUAA